AUAAUGAACAUCCGAUGGAUGAAGAUGAAGAUGAAGAAGAUCAAUUUCCCGAUGAAGAUGACGAAAGUGAUUUCUCAGAUCCAGAAGAUAUCAGUUAUGCACCAGAAUGGAAUCCGACUCAAACCUUCAAUUUACCUGAAUUAACCAGACUAGUAUUAUUAGAUGCAAAACCGUUUAAUUUGAUUAAUGGAUUUCAAGAAAGUCAAAAAUUAAAUUGUUUAUUAUGUUGUCAACCAGAUUGGGAAUCGAUUCAAUCAUUAGUUUUAAAAAAAACUUGGCCUAAUUUAAACUUAUUAGGUUUUAGAACUCAUAAAGCUUUAUUCAAACAUAGACCAUUGAUUGAUUUUAAAAUGAUUAAAAAUCCUGCUUUUUUAGAGUUUUGUGAUCAGAAUGGGAUUCAAUUUGUUGUACAAGAAGAUUCUAAACUAUAGUGAUAGUCUUUGGUUUUGGUUUUGGUUUUGGUUUUAGUUUUGGUUUUUAUGGUUUGGAAUGAAUGAAAAGUACAAUUUUUGAAUGUUGAUGAAUUAUUUAUUUGAAAACUUAUGUGAUCUCUUUAUACCUUUUCUAUUGUUGUAUUUGGCAUUUAUGUAUAUAUUUAGAAUCAUGAUCAUCUUUAUCCUC